ACCAAAAUAAAAACAGCCCAGUCAGUGUCAGUGGAGUCUGCAGUUGGAACGUCUCAUCAUGCUGCUGAAAACCUGCUGCGUUUAUACCACCGGGGUUUUCUCUCUGUUAUUGUUGAUAUUCGGCAUUUCGUUGGUUUUAUCCAACGUGUUUCCGCAUGCCCUACACUCAGCGGUUGAAGCGGAAGUAGUUUUAAAAAAUGGCACGGAGGCGUUUGAGGCCUGGGAAAAUCCACCGGCACCUAUCUACAUGCAGUUUUACUUCUUCAAUCUGACAAAUCCUCUGGAGGUGUUGGAUGGGGACAGGCCAGCUGUGGUGGAGAUCGGACCGUAUACAUACAGAGAACACCGGCCUAUGGAGCAAGUGGUCUUCCAUGAUAACGGCACCAGAGUCACAGCUGUCAACACUAAAACCUACGUAUUCCAGCGUAACAUGUCCCGAGGUCCAGAGAGUGACAUCAUCAGGACGGUUAACAUCCCUGCCAUGACGGUGAUGGAGAGAUUCAAGGACAACUCUAUAGCAGCCAACCUGAUCUCCGCCUACAUGAAAUCCCAGGGGGAGGGCCUGUUCACCACCCGCACAGUGGGAGAGCUGCUGUGGGGAUAUGAAGACGGCCUUCUUAAAGCCCUCAAACUUCUAAGCCCUGACCUGGACGAUGUUUUUGGACUCUUCUAUAAGACCAAUGCUUCAAAUGAUGGAGAAUAUGUGUUCUUCACCGGCCAGCAGAACUACAAAGACUUUGCUAGAGUGGACACAUGGAACGGUGAAAGAUCCUUGAAUUGGUGGACAUCUGAUGAGUGCAAUAUGAUUAAUGGAACCAACGGAGCGUCUUUCCAUCCAGUCCUCACCAAGAAUGAGACGCUCUACAUGUUCUCUUCUGACCUGUGCAGGUCCCUGUAUGCUCUGUAUGAGGACGAGGUGACGGUGAAGGGGAUCUCUGGGUAUCGAUUCAGUCCCCCCAGCGAGGUGUUUGCCAAUGUAACAGUGAACCCAGCCAACGCAGGCUUUUGUGUGCCUGCUGGUAAUUGCCUGGGAUCUGGCGUGCUGAACGUCAGCACAUGUAAACAAGGAGCUCCCAUCAUAAUGUCUUCACCACACUUCUACCAGGCAGAUGAGAAGUUUGUUCAGGACGUGUUUGGCAUGACGCCCAAGAAAGAGCAGCACCAGACGGUCAUUGAUCUCCAUCCGCUCACAGGAUUCGUCCUUCAAGCAGCCAAGCGGCUCCAGGUUAAUGUAUAUGUGGAGAAAAUUCCCACCUUCAGUCAAACGGGAAAUGUGAGGACGGUGGUCUUCCCUGUGGUUUAUCUCAAUGAGAGCGUCGUCAUUGACGAUGCAUCAGUUGAGAAGCUAAAGAAGAUUGUUCUCGAGAAGAACAUCGUGGAGAACGUUCCAUUCAUGCUGAUCGGUUUGGGCAUCAUUCUGGGGUUAGUCUUCAUGUUCCUGAUGUGUCGGCAGAGGGUCCCUGAGAGCUCUGCUGCUGAACGACAGCCGCUGCUCUCAUCAUAGCACCAAACAGGAGGCCAAAGGAUGAGGUUUAUCAUGUUCAAAGGUUAAUCUCAAAAGUUCAAUUGAUUUCAAGUUUCUGCUGUUAAUUCCCAAGUAAUGGUUUCAACAUUUCACUAGAAUUCAUCAAUUUUAAUCCAGUGUUUUAUAAGUAAACAAACUGACUGUCUUUGUGUUGUUUGUAAGGAUUUUAACGAUGCUGAAAUCAGAAUUUUUUUUAAAAAUUAGGUGUUACAUUGAACAUAUUUUUCUUUUACUAUUAAAUAAUAGCUGAAACUGAAAAAAAUGUAAUUUAAAUCCCUUGCCAAAUAUGUUUGGAGGGUCAACUCUGAACUAUCAAACCUCCAGGAAUUGAUGAAGGAAAAUACUGGACUCUUAUUUGACCGGAGCCAUAACUUAUUGUAAAAUUGCCACAUUUUUCUCCAGCUAGUGGAUCACUUGAAAGAAUACUGUCAGACUCUGAGUUAGUUUUAAAAGAAGAAAAUCCACAUUUGACAUUUUUGUAUCGAUUCAGAAGUCAGCUGUGCCAAAUGACUGCUGGCAGACUGUUUCCUUCUUAAUGCGAUAAAUAGUAUUUCAGAAGUCUAAAAUCUGUUGUUUACAGAAAAAAAAGGUUCUUAAGUCGUAUCUUAUUUCUGGAUUUUAGUGUGGACAUUUCUCUCAGUUUCUCGGACUGAUAUUGUGGAUCAGCUUCAUUUCAAAACCCAUGUCCUCUGCUUGUAGUUUUCAGUUAAACCUAGUAAUCUGCACUAUUUACGCUGGUGUGUGUAAUAUGGAAUAAGAGCCAAGCAGCAUUACUCCAACAGUAGCAGGAUAAAGGGAAGUGUUUCGAAUGUCUUCAUUGUGUGAGAUGCACUGAAAUAAUUUCUUUUCCUUAAUUCCUAUUCUUGCUCACGAAAUUGUCGUAAUUUUUGAUUAUGCUAAAAUCACUGUAUUAACAAUGUUUAUUUAGCAAAGAAGAAAAUGGUAUUUUCCCUUUUUUAACUACUUAGCUUAAUUUUUGAGGGUUAAUUCUGCAGUUCUAAGCAGCAUUUUAUGACUUUAUUGAGCGCUUUAUGAUAAAACCGGUGUUUUCUUACUGUGCUAUUGCUAUUUAGAUCAUUCGUUCCUAACGUAAAAUGAAUUUUCUGUCAGGCAUUAUAAUAGAAUAUUACUAUAAUGUGCAAUAUUUUACCAUGUCAGUAACCACUAGUCACUGAAGAAACAUUUUGUGUUCACUUUUUGGUGUUUUAUAUGUAAAAGAUAACAGCCUUGACACUAGUACUACUCAACAAUACAAUCAAUACCCCGCAUGUGAUCACUGUUUACAUGCUUUGAAUAGGUCAUAUAGCUCACUGUUUGUCAGUAAACUUGCUAUGAUUUAUCAGUAAACUUGCUGUGCUCUUCUCUA